AUGAAUAUGUUCAAGAAGACUACUUUUGUAAGGUUUUGCUUUGCGUCGGCCUCCAAGUUGCCAGAGGAACUUGGACUGUCAACUGAACAGCUGAUUUGUCUGUACAAAGAAUGCAUAGAGAUGGCUAAACACUGUAAUGAUAUAAGUACCAUGAUGAAUUCAUGCUGGCUGUUCGUAGUGCAUAGCAACAGCAUAGGUAGACAUGCUGAUUCACUAAGGUAUCUGAAAGAAAUAUUACCGUUAGCUGUAGCAAUACCAUCUUAUGAGUUAAUAGUUCACACAUGUUUGACCUUCACAUAUAAGGAGCUCAACGAGUUUGAAAACGUCAUCUUGCACGCCAAGAAAUGGAUCGAAAUUGCUCAAACUAUCGGCGAUAAAGAAAACGAAAUGUAUGGACAUCAUGAAAUGGGAAAUGUAUUUUCAUUCUUAGCUCGUUAUUAUGAUGUUAUUGACUGUGGCAAAAAAUGUCUUAAAAUUGCCAUAGAAAUUGAUUGUGCUGAAGGCGAGAUAAAUGCAUAUAACCUUAUAAUGGUCGCAUAUGCAAGCAUGCAGAAAUAUGAUGACACUAUUCUGUAUGCGCACAAGCUUCUUGAUUGCGCCAUAGAAAACAACAAUCAGGAGGCUAUGAUGAAUGCGUACUUAAAGCUGGGAAAUGGGUUUACAUCAUUAGCUCGUUAUGAUGAUGCUAUUGACUGUGGCAAAAAAUGUCUUAAAAUUGCCCAGGAAAUUGAUAGUGCUGAAAGCGAGAUGAAUGCAUAUAACCUUAUGAUGGACGCAUAUAGAAACAUGCAGAAAUAUGAUGACACUAUUCUGUAUGCGCACAAGCUUCUUGAUUGCGCCAUGAAAAACAACAAUCAGGAGGCUAUGAUGGACGCGUACUUAGAGCUUGGAAGAGCACAUCUUGCCUUGAAUCAUUAUCAAGAUGCCACUGACGUUGGACAGAAAUGCAUUAAAAUAGCAAGGGAAAUAGAAGACAGGCGUGGUGAAGUCAAGGCUUACCUAUUAAUGGGGAAUAUAUAUAACGGUCUUUCUGACUACGACAAUGCAAUUAUCUAUGGCAACAAGUGUAUUGAGCUUGCAAUAACUAUUGGCGAUAAAGAUGCUGAGGCUCGUGCUUAUAGCGAACUUGGAGAGAUUUAUUAUUCCUUGGAGAAAUACGAUGAUGGCAUUUCCAACUGCAAUAAGUGUGUUCACAUUGACAAGGAAGAUAAUGAAGAAAAAACUGCAGACGUUAUUGCGUAUCUGACUUUGGGAAAGAUAUACCAGUCUUUGAAGAAAUACGAUGAAGCCGUUCAGAAUUACAAGCAAUGCAUCGACAUCGUGAACCGUAUUGGCCGCGAAAAGAGAGCGGGGGUAAGAGCGUGUUUGUAUCUAGGAAUGAUAUAUCAGACACUGGAUCAGUACAAUGAUGCAGUGCAUUAUUUCAAGAAAUGCAUCGACAUGGCACAGGAAACUGGUGAGAAAAUGAUUGAAGCACAAGGAUGUCUCGGUCUUGCGUCUUUGUACCGGACAUCAGUUGAUAAGGAAAGCAUCGAUAAUGCCAUCCAAUACGGUAAGAAAUGCCUGGACAUCUCUCAAGAAAUUGGCGACAAAAAAACUGAGAUGGAAGGACGUUUAUGUCUCGCUCAUACAUAUAUGGACUCGUUCCAGUUCAAUGAUGUGUCUCAGAGUAUAGAUGCAGGCAUGGCGAUUGCUACAGAGCUUGGAGAAAAAGAAGCUGAAGAAAAGUUCAAAGAAAUUCGUUCUAGUCUUUAUUUCAGAGUUGGUUUGCUUGACAAGUGUGAUGCAUCCUUAGUGAAGGAAGAAUUAGAGGUACCAACUUGUUCUGAAGAUGAGCUUCUACAGGAUCUUGACCAAGCGGUGAAGACAGGCGAUAAGACAAAGAUAUAUAGAGCUUUAAUGAGGCUUUACCGUUUUUAUUGUUCCAAAAAACAUUAUGAAAAAGGGAUGAAUUGCCUUGAGCAGUUAAAAGAGAUGGACUUGAAUCGUUAUGUAAACUUAUUCUGUUUCACAAAAAUCGGAAAGUUGUAUCAGUUGAUGGGUCAGAAUGACAUGGCUUUACACAGUUUCGAAGAAGGGAUAUCUCUUGCUGAGUCUUGCUCUGAUACUGAUGAGCAGCUAUCCAACUUUUAUUACGAAAUUGGUAAAUUGUUUUUGUUGAACAAAGAACUGAACUUGGCAGAACAUUAUCUAAGAGAAGCUAUACGAUGCUUUGAAGCGAUCUUUACCAGAAUUGGUAAUCAUGAUGAAUUCAAGAUCUCCAUAUUUGACGAAUAUAUCGAUAGUUAUAAGGUGUUGGCAAUAUUGUUAAUCGACGGCAAACAGAUCGAAGAAGCGGUUUUAGUGUUAGAUCGUUGUCGUGCAAGAGCAUUGAAAGAUCUUAUGAUGUCAAACUUCAAGAUGAAACAAGAGGAGAGCAAUGAUGAACACCUAGAGUACAGCGAUGUUUUGUCUCUGGCCUCAAGAAAUGACUUCAGCAUUGCCUUUUACUCGCUUUGUUUUGAUGAUUUGCUGAAGUUUUUUAUUGAAGGGGAGACAAAUUUGCAUUAUUCAAGUUGUGAUAAGCAUUCUGUGACAGAUAUACAGAUAUGCGCUAAUGAGAAUAGUGCUGAAAUCAAUGAAUCUACUCUAGAAGAUCUAUUUGAUAUCUUAGAAUGUGAUGCAAUACUAUCAUCGAAGCAAGACGAGGUCGUUAUUAUUCCUGAAGGUCCCUUAUACAAAGUGCCUUUUCCCGCCUUACGAGAUCCUCGCACGGGAAAGUAUUUAUCAGAGACAAAGCGCAUUAGACUUGCUCCUUCAAUAGCGACUUUAAAGCAUUUUGAAGACUUCCCAACAGACCAAACCAGCGAUGCCAAGCCUUUGGUUAUUGGUGAUCCUUUGGUUGGGAGGGUAAUGAUGGAUGGAAAAGAAGUGGAUAUUGGACGUUUGCCAGGUGCAGAAGCAGAAGCAAUCGAAAUAGCUUGUAAACUUGGUGUUAGGCCACUAAUAGGCGAAGCAGCAACAAAGCAGGCUGUCCUAGAGAAACUACAACAAGCAGUGUCUGUUGUUCACAUUGCUGCACAUGGUAUCCUAUCAAAAGCUACCAUCGUGCUUGCACCUUCUCCUGAGGUAAGAGCAACAAAGAUCCCAGAUGAAGAAGAUUACAUGCUGACCAUGGCUGAWGUACAGMAGGCUMAAGUACGUGCACAGUUAGUUGUGUUAAGCUGYUGUYACAGYGGWCGNGGUGAAAUCARAKCUGAAGGAGUAGUURGCAUGUGUCGAGCCUUUCUAGCGUCAGGUGCUCGUGCAGUGGUAGCGUCUCUGUGGGCCAUCGAUGACGAUGCAACACUAGAGUUCAUGAAUAAAUUCUAUACUCACUUAAUGGACGGAGAGAGCGCGAGUGCAAGUUUACAGCAAGCGAUGAAUGAGAUGAGGAACUCUUCCGGCUAUAGCGAACCGUAUUACUGGGCACCAUUUUUUCUCAUGGGUGAAGAUGUCACAAUCUAA